AUCAAGUUUAUCAAAAUGAGGAGUUAAGUCGGGGGUGAGUGGGGUUCAGCCAGCCAUGUCCCGCCGCAGGUGGUCCAGAAAAGCCUAGCUAAGCGGAGUUGGAUGGCAGAAUUUAUAUUUCUUAUGCCAACCUGGAGGGACAUCAGUACGACCGCAACACUCAAAGGCCAGCCACAGCGCAGACAUCCAGAUAUCGAAAUGAACGGGCCUAUGUUUGGCGGGUUCAGUGGCGGCGGCCAGCAGAUUAAUGGAGGCGAUGCGGACGCCAUGGCUGCGGUGAGAAAUAUGCAAAUGAUUAUGGAGUCGUGUCCUACGAAGGCUAUCAUGUCUGGAACAAUGGGAUUUGCUUUGGGUGGCGCGUUCGGUCUCUUCAUGGCAUCUAUGUCAUACGAUACACCUAUGACCCCAGAAGGCCGAGCCAUGGGCAACCUCCCGCUCAAAGAACAGCUACGAAAAGGUUUCAAGGACAUGGGUCAGCGCUCUCUUUCGUCCGCGAAGAACUUCGGCAAAGUCGGCGCCAUUUUCGCCGGUACGGAGUGCUGUAUAGAAAGUUAUAGGGCGAAGAAUGUACUCUCGAAUGGUAUUAUCGCUGGAUGCAUUACCGGAGGCGUGCUUGCUGCGCCGGCUGGACCACAAGCGGCUGCAAUCGGAUGUGGCGGGUUUGCGGCAUUCAGUGCGGUUGUCGAUGCUUAUAUGAGGCAACCGAAAGAGGACUGAUUGUGGAAAGUUGUGGUAUCAUGGGUUGGGGUGAUAUGUUCCAGUGGCGUUUAUAGAGAAACUCUCCGGUCCGGUUGUAAGAUUAUGUAUGUGUAUGGCUUGUACAAAGAGGUGGAAAUGGCAUAUGCAUGAGCGGCAUGGCGUUUGGAAAGCGGACUUUAUAGUCUUGGGAGAUAUAAAGUCUUUGAUAGUUGGCUGCGAUGGAAUGAUUUCACAGCGAUUCUUGGCGAAAGCCAUUGAAGGGGGGGUAAUGUUGUAUUACACACAGGUAAAUACAUACACGAAUUAUAUUUGGAUUCAAG